CUUGCUGUGCGGCGGCUCACGGGUCGGGCGCCGCGCAGACGUCAUCAGAGUGCGCCGCUGCCCGGUUGGUGCUGCUGACGUCGGUGCCGCCGCUCUGUCCGCGUUCCCGCGCCGCCCGGACACCGGACACCCGGACACCCGACCCCCGGCCUCCAGACACCCGGCACCAGGACACCGGCCCCCGGCCCCAGCCCGAGCCGCGAUGCUGAAGGCUGUGAUUCUGAUCGGGGGCUCCCAGAAAGGCACGAGGUUCCGGCCUCUGUCCUUUGAGGUGCCGAAGCCAUUGUUCCCGGUGGCAGGGGUCCCGAUGAUCCAGCAUCACAUUGAGGCUUGUGCAAAGGUUCCAAACAUGAAGGAGAUCUUGCUCAUUGGGUUUUAUCAGCCAAGCGAUGAAAUCAAUCGGUUCCUCAUGAUGGCGCAGCAAGAAUUCAAAGUCUGCAUUAGAUAUCUUCAAGAAUAUGUUGCUCUGGGAACUGGUGGAGGUCUGUAUCACUUCCGAGAUCAGAUCCUGUCAGGAAAGCCUGAACUUUUCUUCGUCAUGAAUGCAGACGUUUGCUGUGAGUUUCCGCUGAUGGAGAUGAUUGAAUUCCAGAAGGCCCAGGAACAGGUCAACUCCUUUGUCAUGUUGGGAACAACGGCCAACAGGAGACAGUCGAUGAACUACGGCUGCAUUGUGGAGAACCUGCAGAGCCAUGAGGUCCUUCACUAUGUGGAGAAACCCAGCACUUUUGUCAGUGAAAUAAUCAACUGCGGCGUGUACCUGUUCACACCAGAUAUUUUCCAGUACAUCGGGGAGGUGUUCAGGAAAAACCAACAGGACCUUGCUAUAGAGGAGAGCAUCAAUGGCUGGCAGCGAGCUGAGGUCAUCCGCCUGGAACAGGACAUCUUCACCACCAUAGCCGGCCGAGGCUCCCUCUACAUCUACAAAACCGACGGCUUCUGGAGUCAGAUCAAGUCAGCCGGGUCUGCCAUCUACGCCAACCGAUUAUACCUCAACCAGUACCAGACGAGCCACCCAGACCGACUGGCCAGGAGCGAGCAGGGAGGCCCCAGCAUCAUCGGCAAUGUUUAUAUCCACCCGACAGCAACAAUUGACCCCUCGGCAGUGCUGGGUCCCAACGUCACCAUCAGCAUGGGAGUGACCAUUGGUGCUGGUGUUCGAGUGCGGGAAUCUAUCAUCUUACACGGAGCCUCACUACAGGACCACUGCUGUGUGCUGAACUGCAUCGUGGGCUGGGACAGUACCGUCGGCAAAUGGUCCAGAGUGGAAGGCACUCCCAGUGACCCGAAUCCAAAUGACCCCUAUGCAAAGAUCGACAGCGAAACACUUUUCAGUGAUGGGAAACUCAACCCCUCCAUAACCAUUCUCGGCUGUAACGUCAGCAUUCCUGCCGAGGUGAUCAUCCUGAAUUCCAUCGUGCUGCCGCACAAGGAGCUGAACCGAAGCUUCAAGAACCAGAUCAUUCUCUAGAGACAGGGAGCAGUUAGCGAGGCCUGGGGAGCUGCCUCUCGCUCGCGGUGGCACCCACAAGGCUGAGCCAGCCACCCUCUGCCUCGUCACCUUUCUCUCAUGGUUUUCCAGAUCUAUCGGUUAAAUUGGUGUUUUCAGAGAUCCCCUGCCUGUGGGCAUCUCCUGACCGGGGGUGUUUGCACUGUAGCCCUGCCCAGACCACUGUGUCAGGAACACAUCUGCUCAAUUCCAGCCCACUGUUCCCCACCGUACGUGCCUGAUGAGUCUAUCCAAACACAGCCAUCCAUCCCUCUCAUUUGUCAGGAGAGGCAGCGAUGAUAGCUGUGGGCUUGACUAUUGAAUCACAAAUAAAGAGAAACAGAUUUUCCCUUUGA